AAGCGAGAAAGAACGGCGCCUAAAUUGCUCAUCGUCUCCCCAUCUCAUUACUGGCGACUUCUGAGGACGGAUAUUUCCAAAGGCUGCGAUGAAAGACUCGUGAAUGGAGCCCCCCCCGGAUGAGAUCAAAGCCCGAGGCUGGGACGCCAGGGUGUGCCGGAGGAGGGGGCGAGGGCCAGCGGCGCCGCAGGAUGCUGGGGGGAGCCUUCCUCCCCUGCUGCCACUGCCCUCCAUGUUUCCCGUUGUCGCUGCCGCCACUGCCUGACCCAUCUUGCAAUGGAGACCAGGGACAGUGGCCAGAUCCCAACGGCUGGAAUCGAGACGAGCAAACUCCCUUGGCUCACAGUUCGGCAACUCUCCCAAAAUUCAUGGUUAAUAAAGGAGCUUAUUCCGUCUGGGACCUCUCCAGACACCUCGAAUUGCAGAUGAGCGGGUGGCUUCCCCACCACUGGAGCCCACUCUUUGGGUCUCUUCUCUCCUCACACCGCGGCAUCGCCAGCCUGGAGAGCCACCAGCAGAAGGGCCGAGGACAAAGACAGGAGGACAGAAGUUGUGCCACUUUCCCUUCAUGCUGUCUCCCUUCAAACACGGGCUGCUUUCUUCUGCUCAGCUGUAAAUUUGGCUCCAGGCAGCGUUCCCACCACCGGCACCACCGGCAGCCGGGCGCCCCAUCAGCGGCACGGAGAGCAAACUCACAGAUGGUAAAAUAAGAGAGUCGUGUAGGGUUCAAAGAGACCUUCUAUGUCAAUUGUUAUAUUAUUAGGUAAACUCCAAGAAGAAAAUCUUUUAAUCCACUGUGGCUAAUCCAGUCCACUUUUGUUGGCCAGGACAUAUUCAGCAUCAACAAAAGACUCUGGCCGACGGACACCGGCAUACAUAAUGUAUUGAUAACCGCGGGAGCCGGCUCGGCAGCAGAAAGAGCCACUGCUCAGGCCAGCAGCGGGGGCCAGCAGGAGGAUUUGCCCGACUUUUAUCAGUUUUGUUUUCAUUUCAAAGAACGCGGCUGAUAUUUGCACUGCGCUGCUUACCAGGGGAGCACAAAGAGGGCAGGGAUGUUCCCAGCUCCAGCCGGCCCUGAAAGCUCACCAGGAUCCUGCCAGGACCUCAGUGGGACCCUCACCCCUCACUGCCUCCCCAGGGCAGUGGUGGCACAGAAAGCUGCAAGGCCAGAGUGGCAUUUCUGGGAUGUGUGUGGACGGCAUCCCACCCUUGGCACCCCAAGAGGAGCAGCGAGCCUGGUGGUCUGGAGCAUGGAGAGGCAGGAGUGCAGGGCACAGGCCUGGGCUGGACCCCAAAGCCGAACAAACUUGUUCACCUUGGAGCUACAAAUAUUGGUGAUUUGAGAUUGGCGCUCAUCCCUCACUGUUCCCACGCAAGCAAGGACCAGAAAAAUGAAUAUCCAGGGGAAAGGCUUCCCCUUGGACCUCGGAGGAAGCUUCACUGAAGAUGCUCCAAGACCACCGGUUCCUGGUGAGGAGGGGGAGCUCGUGUCCACAGACCCAAGGCCAGCUAGCCAUGGUUUCUACUCUGGAAAAAGUGAUGUGGUCAGAAAUGAGACGUCCACGGCAACACCGAGACGCUCCGAUUUGGAUUUGGGGUACGAGCCCGAGGGGAGUGCUUCGCCAACUCCACCUUACCUGAAGUGGGCCGAGUCACUGCACUCCUUACUGGAUGAUCAAGAUGGCAUCAACCUCUUCAGGACUUUCCUGAAACAGGAGGACUGUGCGGAUCUGCUGGACUUUUGGUUUGCUUGCAGUGGCUUCAGGAAGCUGGAACCGUGUGUGUCUAAUGAGGAAAAAAGACUCAAGCUGGCAAAAGCCAUUUACAAAAAAUACAUCCUCGACAACAAUGGCAUUGUCUCCCGGCAGAUCAAACCAGCCACAAAAAGCUUCAUCAAAGACUGUGUCAUGAAACUGCAGAUUGACCCUGACAUGUUUGACCAGGCCCAAACAGAAAUUCAGUGCAUGAUAGAAGACAAUACCUACCCUUUGUUCCUUAAGUCAGAUAUUUAUUUGGAAUACACAAGGACAGGUGGGGAAAGUCCAAAAAUUUAUAGCGAUCCGAGCUCGGGGUCUGGGACAGGUAAAGGGCUACCUGGUUAUCUGCCAACUCUGAACGAGGAUGAGGAGUGGAAGUGUGACCAAGAGGCCGAGCCCGAGGCCAGCAGGGACUCGGCACCUUCCAGCAGGCUCACUCAGAAGCUGCUUCUGGAGACGGCCACGCAACGCGCGGCCUCGGCCCGGCGCUACAGCGAGGGCAGGGAGUUCAGGCAUGGGUCGUGGAGAGAACCUGUUAACCCCUACUAUGUCAACACGGGCUAUGCUUUGGCACCAGCCACCAGCGCCAACGACAGCGAGCAGCAGAGCAUGUCCAGCGACGCCGACACCAUGUCACUGACAGACAGCAGCGUAGAUGGGAUCCCACCGUACAGACUCCGAAAGCAGCAUCGCAGAGAGAUGCAAGAAAGUGCCAAAGCAAAUGGACGCGUGCCACUACCUCACAUUCCUCGUACCUACCGAAUGCCAAAGGAUAUCCACGUGGAACCAGAGAAGUUUGCUGCAGAGCUGAUCAACCGUUUGGAGGAAGUACAGAAGGAACGUGAAGCGGAGGAGAAGUUAGAGGAGCGCCUUAAACGCGUUCGAGCGGAAGAAGAAGGUGAGGAUGCAGAUAUCUCUUCUGGUCCCUCGGUCAUGAGCCACAAGAUGCCUUCCGCCCAAGCCUUCCAUCACUUUGCUCCUCGCUAUGCUGAGAUGGGCUGUGCUGGGAUGCAGAUGAGAGAUGCCCAUGAAGAAAACCCUGAAAGCAUCCUGGAUGAACACGUGCAGCGUGUGAUGAAAACUCCAGGCUGCCAAUCUCCAGGGCCUGGCCGUCAUUCUCCUAAGCCACGGUCCCCAGAAAGCGGCCACUUAGGAAAGCUGUCAGGGACACUAGGAACAAUUCCUCCAGGGCACGGCAAGCACACAACAAAAUCAGGAAUGAAACUGGAUGCACCUGGAUUAUACCACCAUAAACAUGUCUACCACCACAUCCAUCACCACAGCAUGAUGAAACCAAAAGAGCAGAUCGAGGCUGAGGCCACGCAGCGAGUGCAGAACAGCUUUGCUUGGAAUGUAGAUUCACAUAACUAUGCAACAAAGUCACGAAACUACAGUGAAAACUUGGGCAUGGCCCCUGUCCCCAUGGACUCUUUAGGCUACAGUGGGAAAGCAAGUCUGCUCUCAAAAAGGAAUGUUAAGAAGGCUGAUUCAGGGAAAAGUGAUGGUGCCAACUAUGAGAUGCCAGGAUCUCCUGAAGACGUGGAGAAAAACCAGAAGAUCCUUCAGUGGAUCAUAGAAGGAGAGAAGGAGAUCAGCAGGCAUAAGAAAACAAACCAUGGCUCUUCAGGUGCUAAGAAGCAGCUGUCCCAUGACCUGGUCCGGCCCCUCUCCAUCGAGCGACCUGUGACAGUGCACCCGUGGGUCAGCGCCCAGCUCCGAAAUGUCGUCCAGCCUUCUCACCCCUUCAUUCAAGAUCCUACCAUGCCACCCAACCCAGCCCCCAACCCUCUCACCCAGCUGGAGGAAGCUCGCAGGAGGUUGGAGGAAGAGGAAAAAAGGGCUGGGAAGCUCCCCCUUAAGCAAAGCAGGUUGAAGCCCCAGAAGAGGCCAGGCAGUGGCACAUCCCAGCCCUGUGAGAACAUCGUGGUGGCAUAUUACUUCUGUGGGGAGCCCAUCCCCUACCGCACCCUCGUCAAGGGCCGUGUGGUGACACUGGGACAGUUCAAGGAGCUGCUGACCAAGAAAGGGAACUACAGGUAUUACUUUAAGAAAGUGAGUGAUGAGUUCGACUGUGGUGUGGUCUUUGAGGAGGUGCGGGAGGAUGACACCAUCCUGCCCAUCUUCGAAGAGAAGAUCAUUGGGAAGGUGGAGAAGAUUGAUUAGGCUCCAGGGCAGUGAGGACAGGACUGUGAAGGACUCUGGGACCGGAGGAGAAGGUCUGGGGCUGACGCUGGAGGUGCUGCCACCACAGGCACCAGGCGAGCCCAGGGCAGAGGGCGGCGGCUCCGCUUUCCAGCACGGAUCUGGGCAAGCUCCAGGAUGCCCGUGGGUGCCCUUUCACCCCACAAACCUGCCAGUGGGAGCCUGGGCUCCCUCUCCAUACCGAAUAUAAGUGUAAUGUAGCAUUGUACAGUGCAUUAGAAAGUGUAAUAUGACCUUGUUUACUAAAGCUGCAUAUUUUUGAUAUAUUGUAAUAAAAGGAAAAUAUUUCCGAUGUCACAGUGCUCUUAUGUAAAUGUAAAACGUACAGGUACUGCAGAACUCACCCAAAGUGUACAGCCAUCCAUCAGACCCUGGCUGCUCCACACUUUCCUGGCACCCUGCUCCAUUUUCCUGGCAUGGAUGGCUCUGGAGCACCAUGGGGUAGAGCUGCCCUCAUCCCACCAGCAUGGAAGGGGUGACCCUGCUCCAAAGGGGCUAUGAAGAUCAUUGGGCCACUUGGAAGGAGUCAUCUGUGGCCUCCUUGGCAGGCUCAACAGCUGGACAUGGUAGGAUGGGUGUUUUUUUCUCCUCCUGAGCUUCCUUGCAACCGAGUAAAUCCCCGAGGGAUAGAACUGUUGGGACUGGGGGCUUCCCAUGGAGCAAGGACCAGCUCAGAGCCAGGGUGGCAGGCUGGGUGCUGGCAUCCCACAGCCUGCACACUCCUGUGUGUCCCCUGUGUCCCCGUGGAGAAGGGAUUGCUUCCCAGGAGUGUGCUGCAGUUCUGCAGAGGGCUGGCUCCUGUAUGCCUGGUGCAGACAUGCCCAGACCCCCAGGCCAAGCUCCAGCGUUAGGCAGGGCUCUCUUUAGGAAAGCCAUAAUGGAGAGGGAGACAUUGAAGCUGAAGACAAAAUACAUCUUUUUAUGAGUCCUGCAUUUUUUGUCAACCAUUGUCUCAGAGGAGGCAGCAGAAGGGCAGUUGCACAUGGGGAGUUGUUGAUGCCAGUUUGUGGCUCAUGCAGCCCUGGGAAGCCUCCUGGGCUUACUCGGCCGCAAGGAAGCUGGGACUGUGCUGGUGCUCCCCCAUCCUGCCCUCACCCAGCCCAGGCCCUGCUGCUCCAGCACAGCCACGGUUCUGUGCCAGCUCCUUUAGAGAGCCCUUGCCCACCCACAAGAACGGGGGUGGCCCCAACGCCCGGGGGAUCCACAGUGGUGCUGGCCCUGCUCGGGGAUGGAGCUGCCGGGACCCCAGGGCACCGCGCCGGGACCGAGUGCGCCUGUUGUACCUGUCACCGAGUGCCUUUAAAACACCCCUGGACUUGCCUAACACUUCGUGAAGUCCAGCAAAAUCUGCAAAUGUUUUCAGCCCGGGAACAGUGUUAACAAGGGGUUUUACUCCUUGUUUUUUGAAGUUCUGGUGAUAGUGUGUCUGGUGAGGUUGUUGGUGUGCCCGGGAUUUCCGUCUCCCCCUUUUUUUUCAGGGGGUCCCUGUAAAUAUGUACAGCGGCCGUGCAGCCCCAGCAUUUCCUCUGCAUUCUCAUGUGCUGACUUGUACAAUGAUCUUUUCAAAGGUACUUGGAUAAAAUGAAAUAAAAUCCCACAUCCCA